CCUUUCAGUGUCACCCAUCAGUGCCACCUAUCAGUACCUCCUCAUCAGUGCCCAUCAGUGCCACCUAUCAGUGUCCAUCAGUGCAGUCUAUCAGUGCCCAUCACUGCAGCCUCAUUAGUGCACAUCAGUGAAGGAGAAAAAUCACUUGUUUUCAAAAUUUUAUAACAAAAACUAAGAAACUUUUUUUUUUUUUUUCAAAAUUUUCAGUGGUUUUUGGUUUCUUUAAGAAAAAAAUAAAAAACCCAGAGGUGAUUAA